ACACUGGUCGAUAAAUGUCUUUCAGGUAUAUAAACAACACCGAUCGAGGGAAAACUUUUAACUAGUAGUUAUCCUUACUACCGAAUAUGGUGUUAAAAUACAAGAACUUUUAGGAAUGAUGUCACGAUAGAUUUUGGGACUUGUGCGAGACAUGAGAGUGAACUGUCGAAGGGUCGCUUUCUUUAUACUGGUGGCUUACUUCGUUAUCUCGUGUUAUUCUGGUUUUCUUCUGAUACAAAGACGCAGGGCUCAAGCCGCUUACGAAUAUCAACGCAUCCAAGCUUUAACAGACUUUUCAGAUGACAAUGGGAAUGCCAUAGGAAGACAAGCGGCACAACUCCAGUACAGACAUCAGUUUCAGAAAAUCCUAUGGAACCUUGAGGAUGAUCAGAAUGUGGUUGCCAUGGGAAACAAGAGCAAGCCAGAGUACAUUGUGGAGAUUUGGGGAAAAGCUGCCAUAAGUCUGUACCUGUGGCAACACAUUUUUGAUGCUGAGCUUGGGCCCCGCAUGGGGGGAGUGUGGAGCUAUGGGACCAAAAGAUUCCAAAAUAUAGAGUUCAGAUUUAGAACGGGACCAGGAGUAACUCCUUCAAAAGUGCCAAAAGACACACAGAACCUUGUACUGACCCUCAAUGUCCGAGACUUCACAAAGAUUGAUCCGGCUAAAGCCUGGCUAGAUGCUCUGUCUGGUUUCCCACAGCUGAAGAAUGUUGCCGUGGUUCUCCUUGGCAAUGAGCAAUGUGACAACGAGUGGAUCAAGCCAUACUUAGUGACCAAUAAGGGACCUGUCAAGUUUGUUUUUGUUGUUUAUGAUAGCCCUGAUGUCGACAACAAGUACUUCUACCAGUGGCCACUUGGUGUUGCUACUUAUAGGAAUUUUCCUAAAGUGAAAAGUGCCUUCAUUCCAACCUCCAUACAAAGAAAGCAUAUGUGUAACUACAUGGGGACAAUAUAUGUCAACUCUUCACGACAGGUGCUUCUGGAUUUAUUAUCCACCCCUGAAAUGAAGGACAGAUGUUACGUCAAAGUUCGUCAUGAAUGGUUACCCGAUGAAACCGAGGGCUCACGAGAUAAUUACCUUAAAGUAUUAGCACACAGCGACCUCACUUUUAAUCCUGUGGGAAUGAAUCCAGAAUGUUACCGCAUAUAUGAAGCCCUAUCUUAUGGCUCCAUCCCAGUUAUAGAGGAUGUCCUAACCCCAGGGAAUUGUGGGAACUCCUCUGGAUUUCCAGUAAGUGCCCCUCAUCGACUUUUAAAGUCUGAAAAAGCACCUGUGAUAUACAUCAAAGAUUGGCAAAAGGAACUUCCUUCCAUUCUUGAGAAAGAGGCCAAAAUGACACUGGAGCAGAAAUCCAAACGAAGAAAGAACGUGUUGUUGUGGUAUGAGAAUUUCAAAGCUAAAAUGAGGAACCGCUUUGUGUCUGUGAUUCAGGAGAAAUUUUUUGGUGUUCAUCAGUUAUUUUGAAUAUUAUAUUCCUGAUAAUUUGUGUGAUAAUUGCAUCGAAUAUAAUUGCCCCUUCAUCUGUCCAGGCUAAAAAAUGGGUUCAUUUUCAUUCGAUGAAAAUGAUUUGUGUUCAGAAAAUGUAAUGGUCACGAAGACCUUCUUUUGACUCAAUAGGUGGUAAAGGGGAAAGGCAAAUCAGAUUUGUGUGUACAGUAUAUUGAAUGAAAAGUAGUGAGAUAAGUUUUACAAUUUCCCCCCUCAUAUGGAGGGCAAGAUUUGUCUGUUGUUUCUGCAUACACACUGUUCUAAAGAAUGUGAUAAGAUAUUGAUAGCUUGUUGAAAUUUAGAGAAUGUAUUAUAAUAAUAUAUAUUUGUGUAGAUUUUUGUUAUUUUUUAUAUACAUCAAGGAUGUACGUGUCUCAAUGAACAAAGGUUGUUAAGUGUACAGAAAACUUUUUUUUUCAUAUUUGUACAUAUAUGUGUUAAUAAUUAUAUAGUCUUUUACUUCAAAGGCAGCUGAUACUGUGUAGCUUGUAAUUUUUUUUUCAUUAAAUCAUUAAGUAAUCAUUAAAUUAAUUAUGAAAAUGUACAAAGAAAAAGGGAAAUUUUAAAAUGGGUUCGAUUAAAAUUUACAGGGAUUUGAUCGAGUUACUCCAAACUUUCUAAAAACAAAGUAACACAAUUUUGACAACAUACAUGCAUCAUACAUGUAGAUACCUUAUCUGUAAGUUAAACCCAAUUUUUAGAAUAACUGAUUUUUUUCAGAAAUAACUUGUGGCUCAAUUCUUUGGUAUGAAAAGAAUUUUUUUAUGUAAUAAUAUUCAGAUAUUAUUAAAAAAGAACUGGACGUACAGGUCCUUGUUUUGAUGUGCAGUUUUACUUAAAGUAAAACAUGAGAUAAAAUAAGAGCAUUAAUAUUUGAAUUGUCAAAUGUAUGGUCAUGAUGGUUAAAUGUACAUUGUGCGACUAGGAUAAAAGUGUCAUCUUGGUUAUAUCAUAUACAUAUAUACAUUACAAACACCCUGGAAAUGUUGAAAAUAGGGACUGCUGAGCUAAUUCCUCCUGUAUGCUGUAUAUAUUUGUGUUGAAAAAAGGGUAAAAUGAAUUCAUUCUAUAAUGACUCCUUGCCAAAAUUUGUUAAGGACCCUCUAUACACCUGUGCAAAAUGUUUUUUGAACAUUGAGAAAAUUAUAUUGAAUAAAUUUGUAAAUAAUGAGCUUAUCAAUUUAAUUUUCAAUAUAUGGUACGUGGCAUUUACCUCCAGGAAAAAUGUUCAAAGACAAUCAAGUAUCAAUGAACAGAAAUCACUAUUGUUUACUUCCGUGGAGAAAAUACAUGCGAAUAGAAUAAAGUGUUCAUUUAAUUUCUCUUGGCCAUUUAAAAUGUUAUGAAUGCUUGAACUAAUUACAGAUUGAGUAAUAUACUGUAAAUUUCAAUUGAUUAGAAUUUAGAUCUAAGGACAGAUCACUCUAAUUGCAGAAAAAUACCAUAGAAUCAGAACUCUUUACUGUGCAGUGUAGAGAGGGUUCUUAAAUGCAUGUAAUAAUGUGUGGUCAGCAUUUGUUAAGGGGAAUAACUCUUCACAGAGAACUUUUGUUCAGUUCCAUAGGCCGAUGAAAUAUUUUGGAUCAUUAUUUUUGUUUUCCUUCUGAAUGAUAUUAGAAUAGGAAAAUGAUUAAGUGUACCCAAGAUUCAUUUGAAUUUUCAGAAAUCUAACAAGCUGAAAAUGUGAAUUCAUCUUAAUUUAAAAAAGACAUAAUGUCUCUGAUAGAUACAAUAUAAAGGGUACUGUUCAUCAAAUCUCAUUAUUUCUACACAUUUGAACUAUUGAUACCAGUUAAAAUCUAUAGUGUUAGGAUACAAACUACAGUUCUUUUUGGUGGUGGUUAGGGGGAGUAGGGGUGUUAACAUUUAUGUGGUCACAUAGGAUGAAGAGGUGGGGAGGUAGAUUUUGUCACCCCCCAAGGUUUUUAAUAAAAUUGAUUAUGUUUGAGAUACAUGUACCUAUAUUGUUUACUUUUAAUCUUCUCAUGUUGUAUAAUAUAUUUCUUGUCAAAAGAAAAAAAAUUAACAUGCCAAAAUCAUGGUUAUCAUGUUAUACUUAUUAACUAUUGCUAGUUCAUCCCACAAAUGGUGCUGCUAUUAUUCAUAGCUUGAAUAAGUAAUUUCAAUUAUGUGUAUAUAUUUUUGAUUACUUACAUAACUUGGUGUUUGAUUUAUGUCUCAGUUUCAUAACCAUUAUAAUUAUGAAAAAGUUAGUUCUACUUCAGUGUACUCAAGUCAGCUAAAAUGUUUACAUCAAAAUAUUUCUGAAAUACAGCUCAGCACUGGUAUUUUACUUAUUUAGUCUUAUUUCAUAAGUUUAAGAUGCAUUAAAUUCAUAACUGUUCUAUUUUUCCCUGUUGAAACAUACUGCUAUUGUUGGAACCCAUGGGUUUUCUCUCCAUUAUACUUCGCAAAGUUGAAUGUACUGUAACGGAGAGAAAACCCGUGGGUUCCGACAAUGACAUACUGCAUACAGCCUAAAUUUUGCUGACCCCUCCCCCCCCCUCAUUUUGCAGGUUAUUGCUCCUCAUUGUAGGUGUUAAUUUCACAAAAUGAUUUAAAUAUAUUGUUCCAUUGUGAAAAUAGCAAAAAUAAAAUGUUGAAAAGAAACUAUGACUGUGGUGUCCAUUAUUAGAUAAUUAAAUGUCGAUAGUGCCGCUACAUGUAGGUUUACAAAAAGCACUGUUGAUGCUACGUACAUGUAUUAAGAAUUUAGAGUAAAAAAUUGAGCUUUCUUACUGGUAGAAAUUAUUCGUCUUCUCCAUAUUCUGUUUAAUGUCACAUUCCAUUUGAUAUCUAGGCAUUCUAGCAUAAAACUUGAGAAGUGUAGCCAUUUAUAACAUCCGAGUACUUUUUGACAUGGUCGUAAUUAAAGUGGUUUAAUAUGCUAACAGUAACUUUUGAUUUGGAGAGAAUAUUAAAGAUGGAGUCCAUGUACCAAUAGGAGGGUAGUGACAUCAAGCAAUGCUGUAACCCACUUUGACUGAAUUGGACACUCAAAAUAAUAUUGGUUUUCUGAGUUGUUGUAUGAUAAGGGGAGAUCACUGUUUUCAUCAUCAAAAUCAAUUGAUUUUAGGGGAGCUUCUGAGCAGUCCAUUUUGACAAAGAAUUACCGUUGUUCCAUGUGAAUGUGCUGUACACAUUGUUCCAGCUUAAUUGUUGAAUGUGCAUUCCAUAAUUAUGCUAGUGAUAUAACAGACUACCUGAUUUAAUAUGCCAUCUUCUCUAAAAAAGAGCUGUACAACUGAAUAUUGUUCUAUAUGUUUCAAUAAAUGAAGGAGACAACCUGUUUUUAUUUGUAGAUGACCAUAUUGUACAGUAAAACUUGUCUAAUCUGGAUGUUGUGUAUUCCAAAAUCUUAUCAAAUAUAGUGAAAACUUUAAGUGCCUUUCAGUAAAUUCAAUUGUGUAAUAUGUUUCCUAAUCCGGGAUGUCUUAUCUGGCAAUUUACUAUGGAACCAUUAAUGCUGUGUGGAUUAGACAAAUUUUACUGUGCAUGUUUUUUUAGUAAGGCUACCUUACAAAGAAGAAUUUUUCAUAGAAAAUAAUUUGAUCGGAGCUUAAUUAAGAAUAGUGAUUAGUUAUUUUGAUUCUUGUAAAUUCUUUGAUCAAUUUCAUUGUUAAGUGUAGUUUCUUACAUUUCCUGAUUGUCAGAAGAAUAAAGGGAGAAAAAUUAA